AUGCGACAGCACACACUCGGUUGUUUGUUCUCGAGGGCAUUGCUGGGCUCUGCACUCCUGACCCUCGCCCUUCUCGCGCACCAACCUUCUUCCCUGGGCCAUGCUCGUGUCAUCGCCACCUAUAACAGCCUCGACGUCGAGAACAACAAUUUGCCUCUCUGGAAACGCAGCCCUCAGUCCGAAGAACAACACCGCCCUCACUCGCCUUACACCAGCCACGACACACCGCCUUCCUUGGGUGGUUCCGGACCUAUCCGUAAGCGGAGUCUUUAUUCGCAUGUCAAUGCUGUAAUCCAGCAAACGGUACAUUCUAUCCGUAAGAACCAGCACAGUCCUCCAGCAGCACCGGCACCGGCACCGGCGCCAGCACUGAAAUCAAAACCGGUUGCGGACACUGAAGAGGGUGCCGCUAAGGAUUUAAAGUUUUGGGUCCAGGAGAAGAAUGAACGAACCUUGAUUAAGCCGCGCUAUCCAUCUAUCGAUUUGUUUGAUGAAGAAGUCGAGGAGCUGCUCGAGUUCGGCGAAGACGGCAUCCUGCGAGAACCCAACGCUGACAAUGAGGUCGAGCGGGUUGAGAAUCCCACCAUUGACCGUCGACGCUCUAGUGAUGAUGAAGAAGAAGAGGAGCGUCACGAUCAAAUUUGGAUGGUGGAUGAGUGGGAGGAGGAGCUGGAGGGAGAUAUGGAUGUCCUGAUGGACUGGGCCGAAGACGAUGGUGUCGUUUUGCACAGCCCGCAGAAGGAUAUCUUUGAGCAAGAACCGACCAAGAAGCCCGAGUCCUUCAAAGUGAUGGGUACGCGCCGUCUGCGGGACCAGGGAUCGAUCCGGAGCGCACUCCUUGAUGAGGACGAGGCCAGCCCUGUCCAGCGCCUCAUUUCUGAGUCGUGGCUCUUUUAA